GACCUUUGGCCUUGCGUCGUCAAAUGCGUUUGACGCAUUGCGCUCUCUUUGACCUCAACGUAAUCAAUUGUAUAUAAGAAGUCGUCUACCGUAUCCAAUGCCUCAUCCUCAACCGACUCAAACAACUUUUCUUGCGUAUCUCAAACUCCCCAAUGACGGAACACACUACGGACGUUAAUUCCAAAUGCACUUGUGGUAUCUGUAUAGAUGGAUGGCUCUCUGCGAGGAUGAGCGAGCGUUUGGAAAGUGAAGCAGAUUUCCUGCAAUAUGCAUCACUGCAACUCGCAGAUGAUCUAGUUGCAGAUCCUGAUAUCUUGGGAGGCGGGGUAUUGUCUGAAGUCUUUAUUGGAGCCGAUACCUCCCUUCACUAUAUUCCCACCGCUCUCCACGACAAGAUGACCCCCCACUUCUACCACGGCUACAUCUGUGUCAUCCAGAGCAUCCUAAGGAUCUUGUUGACAGAUCCUACUUCCAACUCCCUCCCUCUCCCGACUCUGGACGCCGUGACUAGCUACCUCGCGAAUGUUGACGAAGAGGCCAAGAAUGGUGGUAACUCUAAUUAUAAGGCGGCCAUACAGUCUGAACUCAUCCACGCCUACCUCGACCAAGGGGGCAAGAUUGAGUACGCAUUGGAUGCGAUCACGCAUUUAGCCUACGAGAAAUCGCCCAUUGGCAGCCUUUAUUCUCGUAAUAAUGAUACUCAAGAGGAGAAUGCGGCUUUGGAGAAGGAGGCUGACGACGCUGAGCUGCCCACGUGCGAGAACGACUUGAACUUCGAGCUCGUCAGGACAAAGCUCGGUUUGCCCGUUUCUUGGGAGGGCCCUCACUGGUUCUUCCUGACCGACCUCAGCGACUCGGAUGAGGAAGAUGAGGGGGAAGAGGUCUUGUACGAAGGCGUCAAGGAUGGAGAGAAGUCGGAGGAAGAAACGAGCGAAGAGAAGAUAGGUCCAGGCAAGGGCAAGGCUUGAAGAUUUCGGACUCGGAUAUAUCUACGACCAAGGGUCUGGCUGAACACCGACAUUUUGCCUUCAUAUGCGAUACCCUGCACUACUAUACUAUAGAUAUCCCAGAUUCUUCGGUUUCAUACAUCCCUGCAACAUCUUGCCUUUUGAGAACCCCCGUAUACAUGGGUAUUGCUGAAUGAUGACCGAAAGUUCGAAGUAGAAUGUAGGCACUACGAAAAGGUGUGAAUAGCAAGGGGAUUGUCAAGAUUAUCGACACAAUGUUCCCGAUUCCAAACCAAAAGAAGGUGUGAGGGAAGAUAUGUGUAAAAAGGAUGGAGGCUCUAAAGUAAAUAUAGUUUAGAAUACAGAUGGGGCACCAAGACUGCUCUUGAACCU